AUGAAACAGUUUUAUAUCAGUGAAGCUUGUUCAAAUAAUCAGCAGAAUCUCUGUUUGCCAAUGAAGCAAAUAUCAGAUGCUAGUGUGCGCGAACAAUCCGCGAAAGGUUCCUGCAACAGUCAUGAAGAACCAUACACUAUGAAUUUCUCGCAAGAUGAAAGCAUGUCAUACACUCAAAUGUUGCUAGGACAUGAAAGGACACCAGAUUAUUACAAUGAUUUUAUACAAGGUCCAAUGGGUGCUGAGACAAGCUGUGACAAGCAUUCAAAAGAAAAACCAAACAACAUGGCUCCAGAACUUCAUGAUUCAGAUGACGACAUUGAAGAAGCAGCACCACAUUAUGACAUAUUUGGUGAGGAUCUACCUAAUGCAAGAACUUAUAAGUUCUUCAAUGAGUAUGCUUCAAUAUGUGGCUUUUCUAUUGCCAAGGCAGGAAAUUACCAUGGAAGGAAAGGUGGAAAUACAGGGCACACCCGUGUGACAUUUGUGUGCAACCGUGCAGGGAAGCCUGAGACAAAAUUCCUGAGAUCCCAUAAGAGCAUGACCGAAGAUGGGCAGUUGUUCAUCCGCGCAUUUGCCUCUGUGAAGCUUCCACCAAGGAAAAUUAUGUCAAUCCUCUCUUACCUGAGAGGUGGUGAUAUACCUUACACAAAGAAGCAUGUUAGCAAUGUGCAAACAGCAAUAAGAAAUGAGUGCAAGCUAAAUGACAUGACGCAGGUCCUUGAUUAUUUCCGUAAAAGAAAAGAAGAUGAUCCUAGGUUCUACUACAAUUUUAAACUUGGUGAAGGCAACAAAGUUCUAAGUCUCUUCUGGUCUGAUGGAAACUCACGGAGGAUGUAUGAGUUGUAUGGAGAUUGCGUCAGCUUUGACACAACAUACAAGACCAACAGAUACAACCUACCGUUUGCUUCAUUCGUAGGUGUAACCGGACAUGGUCACACUUGCCUAUUUGCUUGUGCAAUUAUACAGAAUGAGACAGCAGAAUGUUUCACUUGGUUAUUUCAAGAGUUCCUUCAUUGCAUGGGUAACAAAUCUCCAAAAACAAUCAUAACAGAGCAGUGCGUAUCUAUGGCUACAUCGAUUCCUCAAGUGUUUCCUAAGACAGUUCACAGAAAUUGCUUCUUCCACAUAAGGAAAAAGUGUGAUGAAAAGUGUGGUAGAUCAUUUGCUACAAAAGGGAAAAACAGAGCGAAAUUUGUCCCUGUAUACUUCAAGAAGGAUUUCUUUCCUUUUCUUCACUCUACAGCUAGAAGUGAGGGUACUAAUUCAGUUUUCAAGGACAACGUUGGUUCAACAUACAGUGUUAUAAGUUUCUUGGGUGAGUACGAGAGGAUCACUAAAGAAAUUGAGGAGAAGGAAAGAGAGCAGGACUCAAUCACAAGAACUACUACACCUGAUUACUGGGUGAAGAGUGAAAUUGAAUAUCAGGCUGGCAGAAUAUAUGAAGUCUACAAGACAAGAAUGCUUGCAGAAAAGGACUUCAGGUCUCGGAGGUUUGUUGUACUGGUUAAUCUACCAACUGAAGACUUCUCUUGCAUUUGCUGCAAAUUUCAGAAGGAUGGUAUACUUUGUAGCCACAUACUUCGUGUACUUGUAAAUCUCAACAUUUCAGAACUACCAGCAAAGUACUUCAUUGAAAGGUGGAAGCCACAAGACAGGAAGGUAGUGAGAGACAAGCAGUACAAUGUACCUUUGGAGCUCACAGAGAAGAACCGGCACCUCAUGUUUACUCUGUUGACAAAAAGGCUGGUUGAUAUUGCAUCUGAAGGUUCGCGUGAUAACGAACGUUAUCUCUUGGUAGUAAAAGAAGCUAUUCAGAUAGAGGCAAAGUUAGAUGCAAUAAGUGCAGCUCAGGAAGAAGCAGACAAACAAAAGAAUAAUGGGAAUCAGACAGAGAACGUACGUCCUGAUGUUGUAGAUGAUGGUUUCGGUGCAACCUUUGAGAAUCCUGAUGUAGCUAAACCAAGAGGAAGACCUACAGUAACAGGGCGGCAGAAAACUUUAGUUGAGGAAUUCCGUUCAAAGCAGAGAAUAACUUGUAGCCAUUGUGGAUCACAUGCGCAUAAUAUUGCAGCUCCUAAUUCAUCUAAGAAGCGACAGAAUACUGGCAAAUCAAAGAUGCAAGAGAGUCCCCUUGUGCUGUGA